GUGGCCGAGGCCCGAAUGCGCGCGCGGCGGCGGCGCCCUUCUCCCGCCCGGCAGCGGGGCUCCGUCCGUCGCCGGAGGAAGGAGCGGCGGCGGCCCGCAGCGAAGCGGUGCGUCUCAGAUGAUGGUGGUUCCUGGCAGCGCCCCGCUCAUACAGCAGGACCGUGCUCUGGAGCCUGACCUGGGCCGAGGGCCGACGCAGAGCUCCGCCAUGGGCCCCGGCACAGAGCCUGUGCCCGGUGAGGUGGGCCCGGAGCUGGAGGAGGUGCGGAAGCUGCAGGAGCUGGUGAGGAGGUUGGAGAUCCAGAACCAGCACCUGAGGACGAGGAGUCGCAGGAGUGUGCUUGGUACAGCUCUGCAGAGCGAGAUGUGCGCCGGCGUGGAUAACCACGACUCUGGGCUCAACGGGAUGGAGAUCAACAACAGCAUCAACGCGAUGGCCGAGAAGCAAGAGUUGCAAAUCAUGGUGGAUCUGCACAGCAAAUUGAGCAAAAUCCGAAAAGAGGAGGGGGAGAACAACUGCUUCAAAAAAGACACAGGUGCCCAAACGCAGUAUGGUUGCCUCAGUGCUCCUGAGGAGCUGUCGUCUGACACGUGUAAGGUGGAGAUGAAGACUGAUGAUAACGUGAGGUGUUUGCCACGUGUGGAUAGGAGUAAUAGCACGGAGCUGAUGGGGAACCUGGUCGUUGCAGGUACUGAGCCCACAGUUAAAAUAAACCAACAAAAUCCCAACAGAAAAUGUGGAGAUAUAGAAAGCCUUUUGAAUAACAGCGCUCUGGAUGAAGUGAAAGUGCUGGAACUUGAGAACUGCAAUGAAGAAGAUGAUAGCUGGCUGUACGUGUCCCCGAGGAAAUCUGUUGUCAAUCAGAAGACAGGCUCGCCUUUGCAGUGGUGCCGACAGGUGCUGGACAAUCCCUGCCCUGAGACAGAAACUGCCUGCCGGACUCUUAUCAGCAGGCUGGACCAAGCCAGUAGAUGGAAAAACCUGUAUUGCAGUCCUCUGGCCUCACCAAGCGCACAUAAUUUGAAUACAGAGACAGGCUCCUGUAGCAAUGCACUAAACUCUCCUGGGCAUCUCAAAUCGACUAACAAAGCACUACUAACCUGUGGCAGCUCAGGUUAUUUAAGCAUGCAUUCUGCACUGAGUUCACAGUCAUCCGUGGACAGCGAGCUGAGCACAUCUGAUGACUCCAUCUCGAUGGGAUAUAAGCUGCAGGACUUGACUGAUGUCCAGGUUAUGGCACGCCUUCAGGAAGAAAGUCUCCGGCAGGACUGCGCCUCCAGCUCAGCGUCCGUAUCGCGUCGCAGCUCCAGUGCCUCCCUGCACUCCCUGCGCAGGGGUACCUACAGCGACCAGGAGUUCGACACCUACAGCCUGGAGGACGAGGACGAUUAUGACUGUUCCCUGUCGUACCGCAGUGCCCACAGAUACUCACCGUCCCCGCUCAGCUCCCCCAGGUGUCAGUCCUCUUCUUCCAGUGCAGACUAUAGCAGGGCCUCCGCUUCUCGUAUCCGUCCCCCGCGGAGGUCUGUGCAGAGCCCGAUGCAGGACCGGCUGAAGUAUGCCAGCAGUGAAGAGGAGAUGCGCCACAGCAUGCCCAACCUGGCCAGGACGAGCCUUCGAGCUUUGGAGUCUGUGAGAAGCAGUCGGAGCUUGGAGUCAGAUCUGCAGGUGCCCAGCAGUCGACUUUCAAGAAUUCAGCAACCAUCAGCAAGUCUGGCUCCCAGUAAGCUCAGGUAUUCCUCCAGUGCUGGGCAGUCUCCUCUAACAGUGCGACAACCAAUGAAAGCUGGGUCAUGCACAAACUCUCUGUUAACACCCAGGCAGCCGGUGAAAGCUUGCAGUUACACAGCUCCUGUUAGUGGAGUUCGAAAGCCACAGGCUUCUUCCCUUAGCACAGGCCCUUCCAGUGGCAGUUCCACUUCCAGAAGCUUGGUCACUGUGGCAAAAAAUUCACCCCUGAAGGCACGCACAUCUCUUGGAGGAACUUCAGUGCCCAAGAGCAAGCUGACGCCGCCGUCCAAGAGAUUUCUUCAAUCAGCAAAAACCACGCCGAGCACUGUGGACGAUUCCUGGAAGGAAGGGUGUUACUGACACAACCCAAAACGCCGAUGCACUGCCAAACACCUCUGUGAAGCAGAACCCCAGCUGGCUGGGCUUGAGAACAUUAUUUUAGAACAAUAUUCUAUUUGAGAGACCCAUUGCAUUGGGACUGGUGUAUAUAGCUCCUCUCCUCUUGAAUUUAAACUAUCCUUGCCUUCCACCACUCUGGCACAAGCCUGUCCUCUGAGCGGUAGAACAGACAACUGCCAUAUUGUGUUCCCACUGUUCAACACAUUUCUGAAAUGAGUCUUCAUACGAAGACCAAAAAGAGCCUUAUUUCAUAGCAACCUCUAUUUGCAGCCCUUCAGAAGGCCUGUCACAAAAAGCAACUUAGGAUCUGCUCCUCAGGAUGCUUGCCAUAACAAGGCUGCCAGGUGUCCUGCUUGGGCCACAAAGCAGCUUUCAGCAGCUGCUAGGGCAUGUUUCACAGCAGUGGCAGGGGGAGACUAGAAAUAGCUGUAUAGGUGUUAGAAGUAAGACUUUUUAACUUCAACCUGGUGUACUCUAAUAUUUGUUUGAAACAACUUUUUUUUUUAACUUCUGUAUAGAAUGUAUUUCUGCUAAUUUUUAUUGUGUGUUCUAGGAGACAAAGCAGGUUUUUAUAACUGUAGUCUACUUUGAGCUGUUGUAUUCAAGCGUGUGCAUCACAGUUCACAAGUGAAGGAGCAGUACACAAUAUUUGUGUGGGUUUGCUAACAGCCAGUCGCAGGGGAUGCUCUUUGGAAACUGCUGUUUGUCACCAUCUUCGUAUCUCAGAGGAAGCUAACAAACACCAGUUACAGGUAAAUUCUUUAAAAGAGAGCUCCCCUGACUGCUUUGACUUGAAGCAUUUCCCUUAGGUCUUUCAGCUAGCCCCUGACUGCCCUCCUUUUUGUAGAAGAGUUUUUCUACCGUCUCUUUGGCUAUGAAGCAUUCUGUUUCAACAUCCUUUUCCUCAGCAAGUGCUGCAGGCUCUGACUUCUGUCUUAGUACACAAAAUACGCACUGAUAGCAACAUUCUCCCUGCCAUCAAUGUGAUUUUGAUAGUGUAGUUUAAUAAAAUGUUAUGGUGCUGAAAUAGAUCUGCCUUACUCAAACAGUGGGCCUCU